AUGGAAACCAAGCGUCACAAGCGAAAAGUUUUGAAAUUUCCAGAAACUGCUUACACAUAUUAUAUCAAACAAUAUUGUAAAAAAAAAGGCACUUCUGAAACCAAGCAUCCUAAUGUAUUAGUUGAAGCAACUAAGUCAUGGUUGACUUUAACAGAAGCUGAGAAACAGCAACUUACCAAAGCAUAUAAGGAAAAAGAACACAAGAUCAGACUACACUAUUUUGAUCAGUUGAAAAAUGCAGAACCAUUCUUGAAAGUGAAAAAUGUAUCUGGACAGAUAAGCAAGGAAUUUGAUAAAAGUAAUUCACCAAUUCAGGAGUGUCAAGAAGAGGUUGAAGAAGACUGCUUGCAAAUAGACACAGAUAAACACCAAGUAAUAGGAAAUAAUGAAUUGGUCACUGUUGAUUGUAAUGAAGAUUUACUAAUAGAUAAUGUUAUCGAGGAUUUACAAAUUAAUCAAGAACUUCAAGAACAUGGUCCUAAUGAAUCCCUUAGGAAUGUAGAAGAAAUAUCUUGCAUGCCUCUGGUAGAACCAUCACCUCCCACAAUAAAAACUAGUAAAGAUUUGUUUUUCAUGCUUAAUUCUGUAAAUGGAUCCAGCACCUUAAAUUGGACAGACCUAACACCAUCACAAAAGAGCCAGUACAGAAGUGCCGUAUAUUUAUUGAAAAAAGAUUACAUCAACAAAUAUAAAGAAUAUUUGUAUAGUUUAGCUCCAAAAGAAUUAUUUGAUUAUUAUCAUAAAAUCAUAUUUUAA